UCAGAAGGGACUUCCCAUCCUUUUGCUAUUAUCCUUUCAUUGUUUCUGCUUGCUGGUCGGGUGAUUGCAACACACCAUGAUUCUCCGUUCGUUGACUUAUCCAACUGCGGUAAUAUGUCCUGACCAGAGUGAGACAUGGGAAUUUGGAACGGAGUUCAAGUCCCGUGUCGAAAUUCUGGGCUGCUCUAGUGACCGUAACAAGCGACAGUGACGUACGAGCGCAUGUGACGUUCUACUUGACUUGGCUCUUGGUGUUUGGGGCAGUGGGUUUCAGAGUCCAGUUGGUGUCGUCCAGUCUGGAAGUGGGCAUGGCGCUAUCCAAUAGCCUAUGCUUCCCACUCGCUUCUUCGGUGUUUCUUUCCUCCAGAAAACCAUUGGCAGGUGUGCUGGCGGGUUGCCAGAUUCAUCAUGUCGCCACACACGCCAGCUUUCGAGCGCAGCUCGGCUCUUCAUGUGAUGAUGAUAAUGUUGUUUCCAGGAGACAGGCUAUUCAGCACCAGGUAUUUUCUCUUGGAUUCCUCAUGAGCGGAGGACUGGCCGAUGCAACAGAAUUGAGGACUAAGGAAGUUCCUGCGAAGGAAGACAGGCCAAAGUUCUUCGAAUUGUAUGAUUCUGGUGGUGUGAAAGCUCUGGACAUCCGUCAAGGAAAUGGUACAACACCCCAGAUUGGCGACAAGGUUGUGAUUCACUACUAUGCACGGCUAGCAGCCAAGCAGGGAUGGAGAUUUGACUCCACAUAUGACCACAAAGAUCAGUCUGGUGCACCCGAACCGUACGUGUUCGUUGUAGGAUCUGGAGAGGUCAUAUCUGGGCUCGACACUGCGGUGCGGACUAUGCAAGAGGGAGGUCUACGUCGAAUCGUCAUUCCUCCAUCACAAGGCUAUCAAAAUACAACUCAAGGCCCGAUUCCUCCAAAUUACUUCGACCGACAAAGACUUUACACAACCAUUUUCAAUCCGACAAGAUUAGCCAAUGGAGAGGGAUCUACUCUCGGAACGUUAAUCUUUGAUGUCGAACUGCUGAGAGUUCGUCCUAACUCAGACUAGCACUCAAGAAAUCGACCCCAAUGAUCUGACUGUCAUCAAGGACUGUGGCUCUUCUGAAGACGGUUUUGAAGCGAAUAUCUCAAUCAACCUAAACGACUCCUAUGAGAAUUGCAUAAUGGAUAUUAGAGCAUUAUUUGUCUUCGGAAUCGAUCAUAACAUAUGUUCAUGAUCCCGAGUAGGCUGUACCUUCUGUCAGUCUAUGGAGUGGGUCGUCUAGUCACACACGGGGACUUUAAGAUCGCUAGCCUGUACAGAGUUAAAUCUCCCAAUAGUGAUAUAUAUUGGUAUUUAGGUCACUAUUGCGAGGUGUCACUCACGGCAUGUAACCUACUAAUGGUAACAUACAUGGGUGUUAGCAUUAGAUGUCAUUGUAGUGAGGUGCAUAAUUUUCAUAUAACCUCCUAAUAGUAACAUACACUAGUGUUGGGGGUAGAUGUCACUAUUGGGAGGUGUCAAUUAUAUAAAAAAAAUAUUCAUAGAUUUUUUAUCGAG